CACGCGCCAGCGGAGCAACGGCCAUUGAUGAAUGAGCUCAGACUCUGCAGAUAUUAUUAUAUGACUGCGAGAGGAAAGCGGGAGUAACGUUUCCAGGUGUAAAAGAAGAGCGAGUGACACUAUUGUAGAGAUGGAGUUUAUUAAACAGGAGAGUGAAGCAGAAACGUGUAGACAGAAAGAUGAAGAAACUGAGCAACAGAGAGACCUGACAGAAGUGAAGGUGGAGUGUAAAGAAAUUAAUGAAGUGGAGGAGGAUCAUCAGUAUAAGAGACCUCAGAAGAUCAUAACAGGAGAAAAAUCAUUGAGUUGCUCACAGAUCGAAAGCGAAUUCUCUCAGAAAAGAACAGGAGCCAAUAAACCACCAUUCAUCUGCCCUCAGUGUGGGAAGUGUUUCACACUCAAAGUGAACCUUAAAAGCCACAUCAAAAUCCACACCGGAGAGCGUGAUUUCAGAUGCCUCCAGUGUGGCAGUAGCUUCUACAAAAACGCAGAUCUGAAGAGGCACCUGCAAACACACAGCGGAGAGAAGCCAUUCAUCUGCCCCCACUGCGGGAAGAGAUUCACCCGCAAAGAGAGCCUGGAGAAUCACAUCCGAAUCCACACCGGAGAGAAGCCUUUCACCUGCCUGCUGUGUGCCAAGAGCUUCAUACGCAAAGGACACUUCAAAAACCACAUGCGCGUUCACUCCGGAGAGAAGCCGUUCACGUGCCACGAGUGUGGGAGGAGCUUCACGCAGGCCACCAUCCUCAAAAACCACCAGCACUCGCACUCGGGAGAGAGACCGUUCGGCUGCGGCCAGUGUGGGAAGAGUUUCAUUUCAGCCAAGCACCUGAAGAUACACCAGAAAAUUCACCAGAAGCUUUUCUUGUGCUCUUUCUGUGGAAAGAUGUUCUCUCAGCUGGGCUACCUGAAAGAGCACCAGAAAAUACACACCGGCGAGAAAGCUCACAUGUGCUCGGUGUGCGGGAAUAGCUUCUCUAGAGCCAAAUAUCUGAAAGAGCAUCGAAAGGUCCAUACGGGAGAGAAACCCUACAAGUGUUCGCAUUGUGCCAAGAGCUUUAGUCAGUCAGGGAACCUGAAAAUACACGAGAGAGUUCAUACCGGAGAGAAGCCGCACCGCUGUCCGCCGUGUGGAAGGAACUUCGUCACAUCCAGCGCUCUGCUGUCUCAUCGAAGGAAAUGUCGCCAAAAGUUGUCAUAGUGAGCAGAAGUCAGUCAUGGGAAAUUCUAUGAACUGAAGUGUCAUUUGCUUCUACAUCUUUCUGAACAGAUUAAACAUGUUAACUGUGUGUAGUGCCAUUUGUUUCCAUCCACCUAAUUAUAUGCAAAUUUUGGGGUAUUGCAUAAAACACGCUGGAUGGAAAUGCCAAGAUAAGAUAAAAAAAACAUACGCUCAAUGCGCUCAAUUUAAGCGUAUAAUUGUUAUAUCUGAUAAGAUAUGUGACUAAAACUGCUAUGAAAACACUUUUACCGGAUAAUUCCCUUGAUGUGCAACAAUAAACUCUGGCCAGUUGUUAAAAAAUGUAAUCUGGAUCAGAAUGAUCUGGAUUCUGAAAUCCCAUGUUCUGCUUUCCAGAAUCUGUCAUCCGUCUUAUAUUUGGGCCAGUUUUUCAAAUCAAAAUUAGAUUGGAUCACCAUGAUCCAGAUUGAUCCACACUUUUUUUUUAUUCAGACUACCAAAUCUAGAUUUCUACAUACGGACAUGGUAAUGAAAAAAAUAUUACGUGAUUUUCAUUCUCUUUUAAAAAAGAACAACCAAUUUUUAAGAUUUGAUCCAAUCCGACAGCUAAAAUCUGGUCAGAUUACUUUUAAACAGCUGCCCCAUGGUUGCGUUCAUAAGAGAAUAUGACAGCGUUUAUUGGCUUUCAUAUGACACUCUGACAUGCCACUCAUUUAUGAAGAGCCGAUUAAAGAAACUUUUAGUACUAACAUUUUGUGCCAAUAUCCCAGGAAGUAACAAUUACGGAAGGCCUGAGCCGCAACCUAAAAAAAAUUGUAAAAAAAAAAAAAAUCUAGCAUUUCGAGAUUAAAGU